AGGCCUCGAAGUCGAGUUCGCUGACUUGUGGACAAUCAUCUUGCUCUGAAACAGAGGCCUUGUUGCUCAUCAACCAAUACGAGAGUCCCUGAAGUUCCUGCACGAGUAGAAUGCAGUGGCUCAGUUCAGCUUUAUCCAAGGCUCCUCCCAUCAAGGCAGAGAUUCUGGAUGCAGGCACAGAACUCAAAGGAGGGAGGAUCCUGUGGAAGAUCCAUGAAGGGAAGCUCAAGGAAAACGGCGCUCAAGUCUCAGUGUUCUCCUGGGAGAUGACCGCGAACUCGUCGGACAGCGAGCUGGCGGCUGCAAAGAAUGCUCUUAGGAGGAUCAAGACCUGCAGGCACCCCCACGUGCUCCAGUACAUCGAUGGUCACGACCCUGGGGAUUCGGCUAAGGCCGGCUCCAAGGUGUUGAUCGUGACGGAGCAUGUGAAGCUGCUAGACACGUCGACGUUCCAGGAGCAUGCGUCUCAGAACAAGGAAGGGAUCGUGUGGGGGCUCUAUGGAGUGGCAAACGCGAUCCAAUUCAUCAACGAGGAUUGCAAGCUGAUCCAUGGCAACGUUCACCGGGGGAGCAUCUUCGUGAGCAAAUGCGGCGACUGGAAGCUGGGAGGCUUUGAUCUGUGUGGAGAAGCGAACGAUUCCAACUCCAUCUUCCGAAGGUGCGAGCAGUUCCGAGUGAAGAGAAUCCUGCCCCCGGAAGUCGCCAAGGGGAACUGGGAGUCGCUACAGGAGGCAGGCUAUGCGGUGGACACCUGGUCUUUCGGAUGCUUGAUCCAUGAGGUGUACAACGGCAUGCUGGCCCGACCCGAGGAUCUCAAGAACACAACGCAACUACCCCAGGAGGCCAUUCCCUUGUAUCAGAGCACGCUGAAAGCCGUUCCCGACCGACGACCCCGAGGGAGUCAGAUGCUGACGAGUCCCUUCUUCAAGUCUCGGAUGGUACAAGUGAACAAAAGUCUCACAGAGCUGGCUCUCAUGGAUUCCGCGCAAAAGGAGGAUUUCUUCUUGAAGUUGUCCGAGAGCCUCGACCUCCUGCCUGACUGCUUCCUUCGAUUCAAACUUCUUCCUGAACUUCUCAAAGCUGUUGAAUUCGGAGGUGCAGGAACGGCAGCCAUCGCUCCUAUGCUCAAAAUUGGCCAGAGAAUGACGGCAGAAGAAUUCGGGAAGGAGAUUGUGCCGGGUGUCGUGCGAUGCUUCGGCUCUCAGGACAGAGCGACGAGGAUCGGGCUCCUGCAGAACCUGCACACGUUUGCUGAGCAUCUGACUCCCAGUGCGCCGGCUCUGGUGGAGAAGGACAUUUUCCCUCAGAUCUCUUCUGGCUUCACCGAUAGCGUGUUGAGGUCCAUCGCGCAGCUCCAACAGGAUCCCGAGGGGUCGAUCAGAUGCAACACGACGAUCUGCCUGGGCAAGAUUUCGGCCAACCUCACCCCCUCCACCAGAGACAAGAUCCUCUUGCCGGCCUUCAACCGCGCUCUUCACGAUCCCUUCCCGCCUGCUCGCCUCGCUGCUCUCAUGUCACUUGCCGUUACGAUGGAGUUCUAUACUGCCCAGGAUAUCGCUCGUAAGGUGCUCCCUGCCGUCGGGAUGUUGACGGUGGACCCUCAGAAGGACGUGCGGGAUCAGGCCUUGACGUGCCUGCAAGGAGCAGUCAGCCGGCUCGCGGCUGAGAGCUCCAAGAUGUCCGAUGACCUGGCGCUGCAGGGCGGAGGGCCAGUCACCUCCCCAGUGAUGAACGAGGCUGGAGUGAUGAGCUGGGCAGCAACGGCUGCGGCCUCGACCCUGACCAAGAAGAUCUGGGGGAGCAUCGACAGCGCGGAGACGAAGGCGAGCUCGAGCAACAAGUCGCCGGCGCAGCCGAACAAGGAGGAGAAGGGAGGAGGGCAGGAGAAGCACGCGGACAGCAACAAAGACACGUUCGCGGACUGGGAGGACGACAAGGCAGGGACAAGCUCGGGAUGGGAUGACGGGAUGCUCGACGACGGGCUGGAUGAACCCUUCGAUGUCCCUCAGCCCCCGGCCAAGGGUGGGAAGCCGCAGGGCAAGGCUGGAGGGAAAGCGCAGCAAGACGACUGGGGAGCUCUGAUUGACGAUGUUCCAACGAGCACGAAGCUGGAGGCAGUCAAGAGUAAAAUGUCAGCUGGGAAGAGCUCGGGGGGUGCAAAGGCGGAUGACUGGAGCUCUCUACUCGAUGACAAGCCCGGGAAGGGAGCGGGGAAGGCUGCGACCAAGACGUCAGACGAUGACUUUGAGUCUCUGUUUGACACGAGCAAGAACCUAGGCGCGAAGAAGAAGCCGGGCGCGAAGCUUGGAGGAGCCAAGGUUGUCAAGAAGUCAGAUGAUCUGCUAGACUGGGAGGAGUGGUGAGCUACAUGUUUGCAUCACAUCUAUUCUUUCAUUAAAGUCUUGUUCUCAUC